AUGGCGCAGCAGCUCGUGCCUGUCACAGAGAUGACGGACUCGCAUUGGCACGCUUGGUCCAAGGCGCAUCCAAGACUGGACCCGAGUAGGCAGCCAUGCGGCGUUAACAGCAUACUGUACAUGCUGGGCCAUCUCUGCAUACGCCUCGAAAAGAAGGGUCAUCAUGUAGGUGCUACAAACAACGCGGUGUGGCGAACCGGCGAUGACUCACUUGAUGGUACACCUGGCCUGCGCCGCAUCAAAGCGAAACUUGCCACAUUCCACGAGACACUGCUCGGCGAACUCGUCGAGGACAGCAUGCAAGAGUGGCACCGAGCCCGUCACGCGGCGAAUAACAACCACAACCCCAACCCAAUUGGUACGGACGCCGGCUCAGAGCUACAUGCGGCGUUGUACAAAAUGCAGCUCAAGAACCAGAGACUCAAGCAGCAGAUCAAGUACCAGCACAUGCUCAGGAAGGAGUGGGCCGGGGAAGCGGAUACGAAGAUUCACAAGCUUGAGGAUGAGCUUUCAGCUCAAAGACAGGCGGCCGCCGAGAAGGUUGAGGUACUGGAGGACAUGCUGCUGCAGGCAAAAGUGGCGGCAGUCUCAAUGCAAGCUUCACUCAGCAUCAUCAUGGUACCAUCCCUGCGCGGCACUGCUGGAGCAAGCAGAGCAUAUCAGAUCCAGCUGGAUGCCAGACUCGGUCGCCAAGCUGAAGAGGAGGUCAAGAUGAGGGGAGGCUUAAAGGCUCCUAGCUACAUCAGCCGCGAUCAAAGCGACACGUCAAGCCUGAGCAGCUUAAGCUCCGCCAGUGACGAGCUAGCACCUCAUACCCUACAGGAAAUCACCAUACGAGAAGCUGUCUCAUCUCCGACACAAUUCACAAAGGGCGAAGACUGCGACAUCGAUCUGUGGUCGGACGGUCGGCGACCGCUGCACGUGAAGCAUCAAGCACUGUUCGAAGCCGGACAGCGGCGAAAGCAGCGAGAAUUCGACGAGUAUUGCAAGCGCGAAUUCGGCGUCUAUGAAGGCCAGGAGACGGACGAAGGAGAGGACAGUGACGACUCCAGUCUCGAGGAGUAUGCUCCCGAGAGCUUAGGGGGUGUCACGCAGACUCGAUCGAGAACUGCAAUUCGCGGAGUUGUCCCACCUGCACGCGCUACCUCUACCAUCAAACAAGGGGACAACGAAGAGUGGUCCACAUGCCGACAGGAAGACCAUAUGAAGAAGGGCGAACAACGGCUCGACACGGAGAUCGUGAAGCAGCAAGAAGAGGCUAAGCAUCUUGACCGCGAACCACCUGCAGCCAGGACGCAGUUGAUGGCGCGGGAGCAGGUUGAGCGUUACGACCGCUUGGCCGCAGCGAUACAGAGGCAUGAUGCCUCUCUCGACGCAAUGAAGAAGAUGAAGGCCUGGUAG